UUUUUUCUUUUUGGUUUGAAAGCGAGGAUAAAGGUUCGCGAGUUAAGGAACAAGUUGAAGGCGGAGCAGCUAAGCCAAUUGAAGGACUUAAAAACAGAACUUGCUGCCCUCCGCGUUGCUAAGGUCACCGGCGAUGCCCCCAACAAGCUCUCCAAGAUAAAAGUUGUGAGGGUAUCAAUCGCGCAGGUUUUGACGGUGAUUUCGCAGAAGCAGAAAUCUGCUCUUAGAGAAGCUUAUAAGAAGAAGAAGUUCCUCCCUUUGGAUCUCCGUGCCAAGAAGACUCGUGCCAUUCGCCGCCGCCUUACUAAACACCAGGCAUCGUUGAAGACGGCGCGAAAAGGAGGAGGAGAUGUAUUUCUCACUAAGGAAAUAUGCCAUCAAAGUGUAAUCGAACCUAGCUUCUUCCCUUUUUUUUCUCCAUGCUGUUUUUAGUUUAUCAAAGUUUAAAAAGUUGAGUUGUGUAGAUGCAGUUA